AUGCCUUCCCCCUUGGCAGAUCCUGUCAAGCUCCCUUGUGGACUGGUUCUACCUAACCGCCUUUCGAAGGCGGCAAUGGCCGAGAAUAUCGCCAAAACAAAUGAACCAAACCAAACCCUUUCUGACGCCUACAACCAAUGGUCCGAAGGCGGAUGGGGUAGCAUCCUCACAGGAAACGUCCAAGUAGACGUCAACCACCUAGGAGGCCCCUUCGACCCAGCCCUACACGCAGAAUACAAAGGCGAAGCUAGCCUUGUCGCCAAAUGGAAAUCAUACGCCGACGCAUGCCAAAAGCAUGGCACCCCGACCAUCGUCCAGGUCUGUCACCCAGGCCGGCAGUCCUUCCGUUUCGCCGGCCAGCGCGGUAUCUGGGCGAGUACGAUCGCGCCUAGCGCCGUGCCUAUUAACAUUGGCGGUAGUUUGUUAGAGCGGAUUAUUGCGACCCUAGCGUGGACGGCGCCAAGGGAGAUGACCUCUGCGGAGGUUGAGAGGGUUAUUAGUCAGUUUGUCGAUACCGCGCGACUUAUGGCUGAUGCAGGAUUCUCUGGAAUUGAGUUGCAUGGUGCGCACGGGUAUUUGAUUGACCAGUUCUUGAAUGGAAAGACAAACCUCCGCACAGACGAAUACGGCGGAAGCCCGGAAAAGCGCGCACGAUUCGUACUAGAAAUCCUCUCACAAACUCGAAAAGUAGUCCCGAGCACAUUCUGCAUCGGUAUCAAACUCAACUCAGCAGACCACAGCUCCGCAAACUUCGAAGAAACAAUGACUCAAAUCAAGCUCCUCGUCGAAGCCGGUAUCGACUUCAUGGAAAUUAGCGGCGGAUCCUACGAAGACCCCAAGAUGAUGGGUUACUCUAAACAGGAGUCAACAGCACCGGCCAAGUCCGAGCGCACAGCCGCGCGGGAGGCGUUCUUCCUUGAAUUCGCUAAGGAGGUUCGCGCGCGACACCCUGGUUUGGUAUUGAUGCUGACCGGCGGGUUCCGGAGUCGGGCUGGUGCGGAAGCUGCGAUUCUUGAUGGGGCUUGUGAUCUCGUAGGGAUUGGAAGACCUGCUGCUAUUAAUCCCAGGUUCCCAUUGUUGUUGCUUGAUGAAAGUGUUGAGGAUGAGAAGGCUGUUUUGCCUUUGAAUAAGGUUCCGACGCCGUUUUGGGCAAGCUGGUUGCCGAGGAAUUUGAUUGGGGCUGGGGCUGAGAGUUCCUAUUACGCUGGUCAGAUUCUGCGGCUGGCGAAGGGGCUGGCUACUGUUGCGCCGGCUUUGUGA